AUGAAUGAUAUAGAAUUGGAUGAAAUGCAUGGCUUAAGGGUUGCCGUGCAAGGUUGUUGUCAUGGAACACUCCACGCAAUAUACGACUCAGCAACGAAAGCAUGUAAUGUCAGAGGCUGGAAAACCUUAGAUCUUCUCAUUAUCGGUGGCGACUUCCAGGCAGUUCGUAAUGCUAAUGACUUAACUGUUAUGUCAUGUCCAAUCAAAUACCGCCAGAUUGGAGAUUUUCACUCCUACUACAGUGGUGCGCGAAAAGCCCCAUACCUUACCAUCUUUGUCGGAGGCAACCAUGAAGCAAGCAAUCAUCUGUGGGAACUUUUCUAUGGUGGAUGGGUGGCACCAAACAUAUACUAUAUGGGAGCUGCAAAUGUCCUCCGACUAGGUGGAGUACGAAUUGCUGGUAUGUCUGGAAUCUGGAAUGAAAAUCACUUUAGAAAGUCACAUUACGAGCGACUUCCAUACCAUAGAAGUGACAUCAGGUCCAUUUAUCACAUGCGAGAAAUAGAUAUUCGAAAAUUACUACAGCUUAGAACACAAGUUGAUGUUGCCGUUAGUCAUGAUUGGCCAAGAGGAAUAGAAUGGCAUGGUGAGCCUAGGGCACUGUUCAAGAUGAAGCCGGAUUUUGAGCGAGAAUCAAAAGACGGAACACUGGGGAACCCCGCAACAAGAGAUGUGAUGGACCAUUUACGUCCCCAAUUCUGGUUUUCAGCCCAUCUUCAUUGCAAGUUUCCUGCUAUAAAGUCAUAUUCCGAAAGAGUAGAGCGAGAGCAACUUUAUAGUGGAAAAAAUGCAUUAUUCACACCUAAAACCACGGAAACAGCACUUCCCAAAACAGGUGUAGAGUUUCAAAGGGCCUCAUCUGCAGGAAUAGUCCAUAACUGCGACGAAAUUGAUCUUGAUUCAAAUGAUGAAGAAAAUAAAUCUACAGACAUUGUACAGAACUCCGACGAAAUCGAUUUGAACAUACAGAGCGACGAUGAUAAACCUGUGGACUCCACCAUGAACCACAUAAUUGCAGCCCAUGUUGAUCAGGGCAAAGAUUCUUUAAAAGGUAAAGAAAAGCAAACUGUAUCUGUUGUUCCUCCAAAUAUUCGUUCGCAACUUCCAGUCGCAUUUGAACGACCUUCUCUAACAACUUUUCCUAUCCAGAGACGACCGAGCCAAGCACCUCCCCCACAGAUUACCAAUAAGACUGUCCGCUUCCUGGCAUUAGACAAAUGUUUACCUGGACGAAAGUUCUUACAAUUGCUAAAUAUUAGCCCUCACGCUAAGUCUUCAUCAAAAAAGUCACCAAAAUCGAAGCUUAGACUUGAAUAUGAUCCAGAGUGGUUAUCUAUAACCCGUGUCUUUGCACCAUCAUUGGUACUCGGAGAAAACGGCGCUCAAAUACCACCUGACCUUGGUGAUGCCCAUUAUCAAACGCUUAUCGAGAAAGAAAGGACAUGGGUUGAUAAAUAUAUAGUAAAUGCUGGGAAACUGCAAAUUCCAGAAAACUUCGUUAUCACUGCCUCACCUUUCCGGGUCGGGAGCCCACAAUUUGUUCAAGAAGGUCCCCGCGAGUACAAUAAUCCCCAAAUGCAACAAUUCUGUGAUUUGGUAGGAAUUGAGAACAAAUUCUUCGCAUCUGAAACAGAAAGAGCAGAGCGUCUUCGAAAUGGACCAGAAUUAAGUCAAAAUAUACCUAGAGAUUCUAAUUUUAUCCAAAACCGAAGAGGCAAUAACGUUAGAGGUAGAAGGAAUGGUCGCAAACGCAAAUGA